AAUUGUGUAUCAAUGUUUGGUUAAAUUUGUUUACAAACAUACAGUUCGCAGAGGGAUUCGAUAUCUCGCACACAUCUCGUUAUCAAAACGCAAAUAGCUUGUUUUAUAUUUCUUCUAGCGAUGUAUUUUUCUAAAUCGCUCUUCAUUUGAACCAUAGACCAGUUAUGGAAUAUGAGGCCAGAAAAACUCAAAAUUAAUGAUGAAUCAAGCCCCAAUUUGCCGAACUUGCCAUUCCCAAACGAACUCAAAGUGUCGUAUGCUCUUCAAAGAAUCUUUAAUAUGCGGUCAGAAACAGAAGUUUGUCGAUAUUCUAAAGCAGUUUAUUCCAACACUGGAGAUACAUGACGAUGAGAAACAACCCCAAGUGAUAUGCAGCAAGUGCUCGUUAACUCUGAAACAUUUUGUACGUUUCCGUUUGAGAUGUUUGCAAGUAGAUUCUCAAUGGAGAACGAAGGUCGGACAAAUCGUGACUAUUGAUCAGGACACUAAAGCUGUACCCGAUGGAGCGGGUGUUGGCGGAAACAACUAUAACGAUGUAUUGGAAAAUGAAGCAACGCAUCAGAAAAAUAGAACUUAUAUAUCAUCAGAAUUCAUCCCAAAUGAAGGCAACGCAGUUCGAGAGAGAAAUACUGAGUUAAGAACCAACGAGACCGAUGCCCCCAAUGUUGGUAGUUCGGGCACAAAUCAAUCGAAAUCAUGCUUCGAGUGUCAGUACUGUCACAAGAUACUUAGCACCAAAAAAUCCUACCAAUGCCAUCUCUUGUUACACUCUGAGGACACUAACUUCCUGUGUAACUGUUGCGGUGAGCACUUCAAGACCAGAAUGGCCUACGUUGGACACAUGGCUACGCAUGACCCAGAGAAAUAUAGAUGCGAUAUUUGCGGCAAAUCGUACCGCCAAGCCGCUUCACUUCGUACUCAUCUACUCGGUCACAGCAAGGAGAAACCUUUCGCCUGUACCAUCUGCGGUCAUUCAACCACGCAGAAAAGUGGUCUUAAAAGACAUAUGCUGACCCACUCUGACAGCAAACCAUAUGUAUGUGACCUGUGUGGUGAGCAUUUUCGGUUCUCCAGCAAUUUGAUAAUGCACAAACGGCGCAAGCAUUGGGCGGAGAAAGCGUUCGAAUGUGAAUCCUGCCCGAAGAGAUUUGUUUCCAAAGAUGAACUCCUAAACCAUUCAAUGUGCCACACAAAUGACCGGCCAUUUCAGUGUGAUUUAUGCGUUAAAACAUUCAAUCGUAAAAGCUCCCUGCAGUUCCAUCGGAAGCACAAGCAUUCCUUGCAGGCCGACAUCGCGUGUCAUAUAUGUGGAAGGGGUUUUGCACAAAAAGUUUCAUUGCAGAAUCAUCUGCGGAAUCAUAUUUUAAUGGAUUAAAGAAUUCAGUUCGCGAAUAUUUCAAAGAUUUUUAUCGAAUCGUAUCGCCUGUACUAUUGAACUCUUCACCAAAACUGGAUUAACAGCCAACUGCUUUAGCAAAAUGUAAAGGUUAAUGAGUUGAAAAUUCAGCAUAAAAGUUAUUAUUAUUAUUUAUUGUUUUGUGACACUUUACCACUAAAAUGCGUGGCAUUCGUUUUUUUUUUUUUUUUUUUUUAUCUUCGCUUAUUUUUCGUCGGCCUAUUUCCGCCACUUUAGUGCCAAUCACCGACAUCAGGGAGGCGACUCCACCUGUUCCUACCUAUCAGACUCAACAACUCAUGAGCCGGGCCAACUUCUUUUACUUCCGCUCCGAAGGAAGACGUAACCAGAGAUUUUUCGCCUCAGAAAAUCCCAACGACGCCAGCUGGGAUUGAACCCAGGCCGAUCGGAUUGUGAGGCUGUUACGCUAACCAUACAACCACUGGCGCCGUCAUCGUGGCAUUCGUGUCAUUACAUAAAAGUGUAAAGUGCGAUUUGAACCUGAAAUCAAACCUUUCAUUGUUUAAUUAGAUUUUAUCAUAGGUAUCACCAUGUGUUUUCUUCCCAUAUUUUCAAACGUUAUGAAUAAACUUCCA